AUCCCACCACUAAUGACAAUGCUGGUGCAUGGUCUUACCUUUCCCUUCUCCAACUCCAGCCACAUUCAGAAUCUCACGAUAGCCUCAUCCCCUUCUCCUACAAGAUCAACGGCAACUCCAUCUGCAUCCCUCUUUUUCUCUUCAAAUUCUGCUUCUCCAUGUCGUUCUCACGCGAGCAAUGACUUCAGUUCAGUUGUUUUCUUGGGCAGGAGAGUUUUAUUGAGCAUUUCCUCCUUACUGAUAUGUAGCGACCCUUUUUCUAGAAGCUUGUCUAUGGCCAUGGCUAAUCAAGUGUUGACACUGGAAAGAUAUACUGAUUCUAAAGAGGGCUUCACUCUCCUCAGGCCCUCUUCUUGGAUUAAGGUAGAGAAAGCUGGGGCAACUGUUCUGUUUGAGGAGGCAAAUAAAGGGUCUAACAAUGUUGGGAUUGUUGUCAUCCCUGUUCGAAUUUCAAGCCUUAGAGAUUUUGGCACUCCGCAGUUUGUGGCAGACAAGCUCAUUGAAGCCGAAAGGCGCAAGGAAAGUACAAAGGAAGCUCAGUUUAUAUCAGUUUCAGAGAGAUCAAACAAGGAAGGCCUUCAAGUGUAUGAGAUUGAGUACAAAGUUGAUAGCACAAGGGGUGGAAUGAAGAGGAUAUUUUCUGCCACAUUUGUAGCAUCGAAAAAGCUUUACCUUUUGAAUAUUUCUCACUCUGAUGGAUUAGAGGUCCCUCUUGACAAGGAUAAACGAAUGAUUCUGGAACAAGUUCUUCAUUCUUUUGAUGUUGCACCUUCAACAUGAAUAAGCAUGAUACCAGAAAAUGGGGUAUGUUUGCUUGGUUGAGGUUUCAGGUUCUUGUAACUUAUGGAUCACCUGUGCUUGGGCAUCACCUUUUGGAUAGCAACAAACCAAAAGUUGGUUGUUUGAUGUCAUCUUCUUACCUUGGCUACACAUGGAUGUUGGCUAUACCUUCAACUUAUUAUCAAAAAGCUCAGUUUUGACUGUGGAGAGCAAGACAAACAGGCUUAAAAUUAGGGGCGCAGUGGUUGCCGUCGACCAAAUUAAUGUUGCAAAAGAGAAUCUUAUAGGAGCUGCUGUUGUAGGAAUUUGGUGUUCUGCAGCAAACAGCUCUUGCUACUCAAUUCCGAUACAUUAUUUGCUUCUGUUGAUACUGUGACAGUAACUAAUUUGUUUCAUGUGUAUUGUUUCACAUCCAGUGUAACAUUGGUUGUGCAAUGAGAGAGCUUUUUUGCAGUCCAGGA